AUGAGGCUGAAAAGAAAGAUCCCAAAGAGUGCAACCACGUCCAUGAUGAUAAGAGAUCACACGGCAAAGGCCGUAGUAGAUACAAAGGACGUGGCCGUGACAACUACUCAUAUGGCCGGCAAGGAAACCACAAUAACCGUGGUCGUGGUUCCAGCUAUGGCUGUGGCCGAGGCAGUUAUGGCCGUGGCCGAGACAGUUAUGGCUGUGGUCGAGGCGGUUGAGGCUUUGCAGAACCCCACUACCACUACGUUCCAAGCCGAGAGAGACUUGUACCAGAACUGGACUUUCCUGAGACAAAUAGAGGAGAUGUACUUUAGGCAGAAAUCAAGAAUCAACUGGUUAAGAGAAGGGGAUCUUAAUACAACUUACUUCUUUCAGAUUUGUCAAGUUAGAGCAAGCUACAACUGCAUUCGUGCUUUCUUGACUCUUUCGGGUGACCUGAUAACAGACCCCUUGGAGAUGAGCUACACUUUCCCUGAAGAUCACAGACUGAGUAUGGUGUCAAUCCCAUCUGAUGAAGAGACUAGGAAAUUGUACUUCAAGCUCAACCCAAACAAGGCGCCUGGCCCCGAUGGACUAACCUCUGCUUUCUUUAGGGCUUCUUGGGACACUUUCGGUGCAGAAGUGAUUACAUCAACAAAGAAUUUCUUUGCUUCAUGCUUCCUGCCUGCAACAAUAAAUGCCACAAUACUCACUUUAGUGCCAAAAUUUCCAGGAGCCUCAAAGAUUACAGAUUUCAGGCCAAUUGCGUGUCUUAAUACUGUCUAUAAAGUCCUAUCAAGACUGCUAGUGAGAAGACUGAAGCCUAUCCUACCCUCUCUGAUCUUGCCAAGCCAAACUGCCUUUAUAAAGGACAAGCUCCUUGUAGAGAAUACUAUCUUAGCGGGAGAACUGAUAAACGGCUAUCACAAGAACAAGGGCUCGAAGAAAAUUACCAUAAAGGUAGACAUUGCGAAAGCCUUUGAUACAUUCUCCUGGGAAUUCCUAUUCUCAUGUCUUCAGGGCUUGCAGUUUCCCCCACAAUUUAUCUCUUGA